AUGGAAACGGUUACAGUUAAUACUAAACAAGACGAUAACGAUAAUGAUAAUAACCAAGGCAGAGCGUUGGUAUUAUGGAAAUAUAAUAAUCCAUUUUCAAAUUACAAGCAGGAUCCUGAGAGAAUUUUUGUUUUUAAUGGAUUCACUCUCAAGAUAUCACAAAAAUUAUCUGACCCAAUUGAUAUUACACAAAAUACUGGGAAUAUAGUUUGGGAUGGGGCAUAUCUAUUAGGCAAAUACAUAGCAGACCACCUUAAUCUUGAUCAUUUGGCCGGCACCAGCCGUCGAAGAAAAAUCAGAUUUAUAGAACUAGGCUCGGGAUGUGGUCUUGUUGGAUUAGUUGCUUGGCUUACAGGUGGAUACGUGGUUUGUACAGGUACACCCCAAGAUAUCGAACACACAAAAUUCAAUAUUAAACAAAAUGUUGAACAUGUUAUGAAUCAACAACAGCAAAACCAAUUUGUGUACAACAAAAAAGGUGAAGACGAUUUAGUUGAAAUAGUUGAAAGUAAAAGUAGAAACGCUCAUACACAAAAAAUGUCGCAAAAUUUAGAUUUAUUAGAUAAAGAUAAUAUUCAAGUUCAUAUUCUAGAUUGGACAUCACUACCGACCACUGAAGAUACAACAAACCCACUUCAUAAAUCAAAUAUGCCAUCAUUUGAUAUAAUUCUAGCAUCAGAAAUAUUAUACCUACCAGAUUUACAUAAAGAUUUGGUCAAAACCAUUCGUUAUUUUAUUUUAGGAAUCUAUAAACAACGUGGGUUAGGUGAAGAACAGUUCUUCAAAAUUGCUCAAGUUUUCGGAAAGCUUAGAGUUGAAUGGAUUGAUACCUCUUGGAUUGAUCAAUCUUCUAUUGAAUCUCAUGUGAAUCAAUUUUCGUCAACAAACUCGUCUACUUACUCUGC